AAACUGAGACAGCCACUAUCGGCAUCGGCUAAGAGUAUUGUUUUUUAUAAAUCUACACAUAAGUAAAAUGUAUUGCGUGGUAAAACUACUCUAAGAAAUUUUUCUUUUUUUUCGCAAGAUUACUUAAGUAAAUGUAACAGAAUAAGUGUAACGCGUUACUACCCACCUCUGCCCAUCACGAUCGAGUAGUGACAGAGACUGGUCGGAUGUCUAACUCCAAUUUCGUGAUUGACCUCUAAUGCCCCCUGCUGACGGUUUUGUAUUAUUACGUUGAAGAGUGUUUAGCAGUUUCAUAAAUUCAUGUUCACAUUUAAUUACACAAUUGUGUAAUUAUGAGGUGGCAAAUGCAGUCUGCUUCUGGUACUUGACAGUAAUACAGCUUGAAAAUUUUGCGGGCCGCUCAAUUUUCAUUUGCCAGUUCACCCCUUCCGUUAUUUGCAAAAAUGGUAGCUCCCAUAUAUGGACCACUGCAGAUGCUCCCUGCCUCCCCCAUCCUUUCGCAUGUUUUCCUGGCAUCCACCCCCACCAGCCGCGCGAACGUAAUCCCACCGCCGCUCUCGCUCGACACCAGAAGUGUCGGCACAUGGAAUCGGGAGGCAUUCCGAGAGCUGCCGCGUGUCUGUCUUUGAAACCUUAGGGUGGACGGGAGCCACCCCCCCUCCAUCCCUUCCCUGGCUUUUCCCCCCAUCAUCACUUAUUCCCAAGCCACGUACAGAGAAAGUGUCAAGGAUUUGAAAUAGUAGUCAGGUGUAUUCCCUUUUGUCUGAGCGCGGAAAGCAGCCAUGGCGCACGCCGCCGCCCACAUUAAGAAGGCCAGGUCUGAGAUGGAUCCACCUGCAGACCUGAAGGCUUUGGAGAAAGCUAAGGAAAGGAGGCGGCGCUCCCGAGAGCAGGCAGAACGAAAGCGCAAGUCUGACAGCAACACCAGUUUCCUGCGGGCAGCCAGAGCGGGGAACCUUGACAAGGUGUUGGAGUAUCUGAAAGGGGGAGUGGACAUCAACACCAGCAAUCAGAAUGGUCUAAAUGCGCUUCACCUGGCAGCUAAGGAGGGUCACGUCGAGCUGGUUGAGGAGCUGCUGGAGAGGGGGGUUGCACUGAACUCUGCAACAAAGAAAGGAAACACGGCCCUGCACAUCUCCUCUCUUGCCGGUCAGGCUGAAGUAGUGAAGAUUCUGGUCAAGCAAGGCGCUGACAUCAACACGCAGUCUCAGAAUGGAUUCACUCCGCUCUACAUGGCCGCCCAGGAGAAUCACCUGGAUGUCGUGCGAUACCUCUUGGAGAACGGAGGCAACCAGAGCACCGCCACGGAGGAUGGCUUCACGCCUCUGGCCAUCGCCCUUCAGCAGGGCCACAAUCAAGUGGUUUCCAUCUUAUUGGAGAACGAUACUAAAGGGAAGGUCCGGUUGCCCGCCUUACAUAUCGCGGCCCGAAAAGACGAUACCAAAUCGGCCGCCUUGCUUCUCCAGAACGACCACAAUGCUGACGUGCAGUCCAAGAUGAUGGUCAAUAGAACUACUGAGAGUGGAUUCACUCCACUGCAUAUCGCGGCCCAUUAUGGAAACGCCAAUGUGGCUACACUCCUACUGAACCGAGGGGCUGCGGUGGACUUCCUUGCCAGGAAUGGCAUUACUCCCCUCCACGUGGCAUCCAAGCGAGGGAACACAAACAUGGUUUGCCUGCUACUGGAUCGUGGCUCUCAAAUAGAUGCUAAAACAAGGGAUGGCCUUACUCCACUCCAUUGUGCUGCGCGGAGUGGACAUGACACAGCCGUCGAGCUCCUGCUGGAGAAAGGAGCGCCUCUGCUCGCCAGGACUAAGAAUGGCCUAUCUCCCCUUCACAUGGCAGCACAAGGCGACCACGUCGAAUGCGUCAAACACCUUCUUCAGCACAAGGCGCCCAUCGGUGACGUCACUUUGGACUACCUGACAGCUUUACACGUGGCCGCCCAUUGUGGCCAUUAUAGAGUCACCAAGCUUCUUUUGGACAAGAGGGCCAACCCGAAUGCUCGCGCUUUGAAUGGCUUUACUCCAUUACACAUAGCCUGUAAGAAGAACCGAGUGAAAGUCAUGGAGUUGCUGGUGAAAUAUGGAGCUUCCAUCCAAGCCAUUACAGAGUCCGGUUUGACGCCCAUCCACGUCGCAGCCUUUAUGGGUCACCUCAACAUCGUCCUGUUGCUGCUGCAAAACGGAGCUUCUCCAGACAGGAGUAACAUUCGUGGCGAAACAUCACUACACAUGGCGGCCAGGGCUGGUCAGGUGGAGGUGGUUCGGUGUCUGCUGAGGAACGGCGCGAUGGUAGACGCAAGGGCUCGAGAAGAGCAGACGCCCCUCCACAUCGCCGCCCGUUUAGGAAAAACGGAGAUUGUCCAGCUGCUGCUGCAACACAUGGCCCACCCAGAUGCGGCCACCGCCAACGGCUACACUCCUCUUCACAUCGCUGCCAAGGAGGGCCAGGUGGAGACCGCCUCGGUUCUGUUGGAGGCGGGAGCUUCUCACUCGCUUUCAACAAAGAAAGGAUUUACUCCCCUUCAUGUUGCCUCAAAAUAUGGAAGCCUAGACGUGGCCAAACUUCUGCUACAGCGUUGCGCACCAUGUGAUUCUGCAGGGAAGAAUGGCCUUACCCCGCUCCAUGUCGCAGCACAUUAUGAUAACCAGAAGGUGGCUCUUCUACUUUUGGAUAAAGGUGCAUCCCCUCACAUGAUUGCUAAGAAUGGUUACACCCCUCUGCACAUUGUGGCCAAGAAGAACCAAAUGGACAUUGCUAAAGUGCUACUGAGCUACGGGGCCGAGACCAACGUCCUGACCAAACAAGGUGUCACGCCUCUCCAUUUGGCCUCAGAGGAAGGACACGCCGAUAUGGCUGCGCUGCUCCUGAGUAAGGGAGCUCACGUCAAUACCCCGACUAAGUGUGGCCUUACCGCCAUUCAUUUGGCAGCACAAGAUGAUAAGGUCGCUGUUGCGGAGAUCCUGGCUAGGAACGGAGCCAACCUUAAUCACCAGACCAAACUGGGCUACACUCCUCUAAUUGUUGCAUGCCACUAUGGAAACACAAAGAUGGUUAACUUCCUUCUUCAAAAUGGAGCCAGUGUGACCGCAAAUACAAAGAAUGGAUACAGCCCUCUUCACCAGGCGGCCCAACAGGGGAACACACACAUCAUCAACAUACUGCUGCAGUACGGGGCCAAGCCAAAUGCUGUCACUGUUAACGGGAACACCGCUCUGGGUAUUGCUCGACGGCUGGGUUACAUCUCCGUCGUGGACACGCUGAAGGUCGUCACAGAGGAAAUCAUCACCACCACCACGACGGUGACAGAGAAACACAAGAUGAAUGUGCCAGAAACCAUGACUGAAGUACUGGAUGUCUCAGAUGAAGAAGGCGAUGACACCAUAACGGGAGACGGAGGGGAGUAUUUAAGAGCUGAGGACCUCAGAGAGCUCGGAGAUGAUUCGCUGCCUGGACAGUAUCUAGAUAACAUGAACUACCUCUGCUUCGCUAACGAUGGGGCGCACGCCGGCAGCUCAGACAGGUCUUUCACUCCCACGCGCCAAAGCUACUACUAUAAACCUGAAAACAUGAUGGAUGAAAUGCUCAGCUGUCAGACCUCAUCGCUUUUAAGAGAAAACGAGAGGGACUCGUACCGGUUGAGUUGGGGCACGGAGAAUCUGGACAACAUAGCUCUAUCCUCAACUCCACUCCACUCUGGCCGUUCCUCACCAUGCCGUGAUCAUACGGACCACAGCAGCUUCCUGGUUAGCUUCAUGGUAGAUGCAAGGGGCGGAUCCAUGCGAGGCUGCCGCCAUAAUGGCCUGCGUAUCAUCAUCCCACCUGGGAAGUGCAGCGCUCCCACACGUGUAACCUGCAGGCUGGUAAAAAGGCACCGCCUGGCCAGCAUGCCCCCCAUUGUUGAGGGCGAGGGUCGAGCCAGCAGGUUUAUUGAGGUGGCACCAUUUGGAGGACAGCUUCUCGGUAAGCUCCACCUCCCCAGUGCGCCACCACCUCUCAAUGAGGGGGAGAGUUUGGUGAGCAGAAUCCUCCAGCUCGGCCCACCGGGGACAAAUUUCCUGGGUCCUGUAAUCGUGGAGGUUCCCCACUUUGCUUCUCUCCGUGGGGGGGAGCGGGAGCUGGUCAUAUUGAGGAGUGAGACAGGAGAGAAUUGGAAGGAACAUCAGUGUGAGCAUACCCAAGAAGAACUCAACCAGAUUCUCAACAGCACAGAAGAAGAGCUGGACUCCCAGGAGGAGCUCCAGAAGAAGCGCAUUUGCCGCAUCAUCACAAGAGAUCUCCCACAAUAUUUUGCGGUGGUGUCCCGAAUUAGGCAAGACAAUAUUCUGAUCGGUCCAGAAGGAGGCGUCCUUAGCAGCACAGUGGUGCCCCAAGUGCAAGCAGUUUUUCCUGAAGGGGCCCUAACUAAGAGGAUCAGGGUUGGCCUGCAGGCCCAGCCGGUGAGUUUGGAUAUUGUCAGGAGGGUUCUUGGAAACAAGUCCAGCUUCAGCCCCAUUGUAACUCUAGAGCCACGUCGAAGGAAGUUCCAUAAACCUAUAACCAUGACAAUCCCGGUCCCGAAAGGCAACUCUGAUGCAGUCCUUCACAGUUUAGGACGGGACACCCCGACGUUGCGCCUACUCUGCAGUAUCACCGGUGGAACGACACCGGCCCAAUGGGAGGACAUAACAGGAACCACUCCCUUAACAUUCGGCACUGACCAUGUGUCCUUCACUACAAAUGUUUCUGCAAGGUUUUGGCUAAUAGAUUGCCGGCAAGUCCAGGAAUCGGUCAACUUCUCCUCGCAAGUGUACCGAGAGAUCAUUUGUGUGCCUUAUAUGGCCAAGUUUGUCAUCUUUGCCAAAACCCACGACCCCAUCGAAGGGCACCUGCGCUGCUUCUGCAUGACCGACGACAAGAUUGACAAAACAUUGGAGCAGCAGGAGAAUUUUACAGAGGUGGCCCGCAGUCGAGAUGUAGAGGUAUUAGAAGGAAAACACAUUUACGCAGAUUGCUGUGGAAACUUUGUCCCACUCACCAAAAGUGGCCAGCAUCAUCUGUUCAGCUUUUUUGCCUUCAAGGAGAACCGACUUACACUUUUCAUCAAAAUCAGAGAUAACACCCAGGAGCUGUGCGGUCGCUUGUGCUUUCUGAAGGAACCCCGGAGUUACAGGUCACUUCCCUACAACGCCAUAUGCAACCUCAACAUCACUCUACCCUCAUACUGCAAGGAGUCCGAUUCAGAUCAGGAUGAAGAGGUCAACACCGUACAAGAGAAAUAUGACGACAUGACGAGGUCAGAGCUAAUUCGGGAACCGGACCUGCUAUCGGACGUUUCGGAGAUGAAACAAGACUUGAUUAAAAUGACGGCCAUUUUGGCAGCCGAUCCUUCGAAGAAAUCCCCUUCUUUGGAAGGGUCUCGUCCGGAAAAAGGAGCGCACGAUGUUUCCACGGUGCCGUUAGAAAUCAUGGAGAAGGACCUUGAGAAAGUUAAAGAAGACCUUAAGAAAGUUAGUAAAAUUCUAAGGAGCGGUACAUGUGUUGAGGCAGUGAAAACAAAGAUGGAGGCUGAGGAGUGGGUCCUUCUCUCUCACAGUGAGAUAGAGGAGGCCCAAAGAGAGGCAGGCUUGAAACCUCCAGAGCUGCUCACACCUUCAAGAUCAAAAGACACGAAAGACGGCAGUGUCCCCAAAGAACACCUAAUUGAUGCACAAAAAGGAAAACCAAUCACUUCGACCACAGUACAAACGCCUCUUGGAAGUGAUCAGCAACAACUCAACAACAACUCCCCCAUCUCUGAGACGUCACAAUCUGUGUCCCCUCUGGUUGAAGAGACUCCCAUUGGCUCAAUAAAAGACAAAGUCAAAGCCUUACAAAAGAAAGUAGAGGCUGAGCAAACGCGACGAGAAAGCAAGCCUUUACAUUUGCCCGUUGGCGCCAAACAGACUCCUAAGGUCAAAGAAACCCCCGCCCAUAGAAAAACGGCCAAAGUUGGAUCAGAAAAGCAUGAAGAAAGCGUCUCAGUUAAAGAGUUGAUGCAAGUGUUUCAAAAGGAGUCAUCGCAGAAAGAGUCAGGGUUGUAUAAGACCAAAAUACCAACAGCGUCAAGAUUGGAAGAUACCACAAUGUCAGAUAAACCUGUACAGAAAGAACGAGAAGUGUCUCUUGAUUCUAAGAUUUGUUCAAUCGGCAAGAAAAGCGCAACAGACACGAAGCUAACCAAAUCAAGAGACUUUGAAAAAGUCGAGCAUGGAGAGGAAGGUACUCCUGCAGACUCGACGAGUGGCAGUUCUGGAACUCCUCAUCAAAGUUCUGAGGAGAGUUACAAACAUGAGGGUCUGGCAACUCCUGGUACAAGCCCUGAAAGCCUGUGUCUUUCACCCAAAAAUGAACAAGAACAAACACGGGACGUAGUGGCUAAAACAACUUUGGUGGUCACAAAAGGAAGUAAAGGCACAGAAAAGACUGGAAUACCCAGUGAAAGUCAAAGACUAGGCUCUGCUGACCUACUGUCCACUGAAUUGACCUCCGGUGUCUCUUUCAGCGACUGCGCACCAAGUGAGUCCACAUCUGAUGCAAGAAGCAAGCCUCAGUGUAAUAAAUCUGAUGCCGCUCAAAAGACCAUUUCAAAUACUGUUGAACAACUUAGCCCUGACUUUCAACUUUCGUUGCCUUUAGCGUCUUCCGAAUCCUUUUAUAAGUGCCAAGGAAGCUUAGAGUCGCUUCUAAAACGAGACUCCGAUCUUCUCAGUCCAGUAGCUGACGACUCUCUGAUAAUAAGCCACAGAGACUCGCUCGAGAGUAGUCCCGUCAUUGACGAAAACUCCUCCAUUAAGUCCCCAGAUUCCAUCGAACCCAGCCCCACCAAGGAAUCCCCUCCUCAUGACUCCUUAGAGAGUAGCCCAGUUGACCAGCCCAGCCCUUCAUCAUUUCCAUUCAAGGUAGAUCAUCCGAGUCCAUCGCCAUUCCUUCCAGACUCCUCUAACGAAGCAUCGAACAAAGAUACAUUGCAGGGUAGACAUUUGCGAGACCUUGACGGUAGUGCCGACGAUGACAGUUGCGAGCAGACUUCGCAGAUGACGAGUUCUGGUAAGAGUCCUCUCUCCCCUGAUACCCCUAGCUCUGAUGAGGUAAGUUACGAUUUAAAUCCCAAACAUCAUGACCAUUCAUCCCUGUCUUUCCAAUUCAAACCUACAGUCAUCUAUGAAGAACCAGACGAGGAUGAUGCCUCAGACAGCAUUGAAUCUGAGAAAAGAGUUACAGCUAGAAUGAAAUCAGUUGAUGAAAUGGAAGGGGAUUUAAAUUUCCUAAGCGACACACAAUAUAAAUUUGGGGCGAAAAGACUCCCUGAGCAGAAAGGGUUACCUCUUCCCCCUGACCUCCAUAUUAAAGUUCCCUCUUCUUUUUCAGCAGGUGUGCGUGAUGGGUCCUACGCAAAAGAUGUCAACAGCAAAACAGUUAGUCUCAGCCAAGAGGAAGCUUCCACAGGUCAUUCAAAAGCUAACCUAAGACCGGCAUUGCAACCAUCACAUGGUGUGCCUGGUCAAGAUGGACCUUCUAAAACAGCUAUACCAUCAAACACAGAAAAUAAAACUGAUGAACAAAAGGAGGACAGCUUACGGAAGUCGAGACAAAUUUUGGCAGACUUGGCCACGUCCCGAUUUCCGACCAGUACGCCAGCUAGUAACAUAACAGAUGAAGUCAAAGCAUCUCCAGAUGUUGGCCUUAAUGCAACUAGUCAAACAAAGGAAGCAUUUAAACCUGAGUUCUGUAUCUACGACGAUACAGAAGAGGAUGAGCUUGAACACCCCAGAACCGAGUCCAAAGGUGUCACUGCGAGGGUAGGUGCGGCAUCCCCGUGGUCUGCCAUGCUGGACGACGACGGCGCUUUUGAAGCUCGUCUCCAAGUCGAGGAAGAGAAGAUACUUAAUCUAGUAGUGGACUCUCAGUCUCUGCCAGGGACCCCAGACACCACACCGGGUAAAACGCCAACAGAGGACAGCACACCGACGAGUGAACCUAACCCCUUUCUCUUCCAAGAAGGAAAGCUUUUCGAAAUGACCCGAAGCGGUGCUAUUGACAUGACCAAAAGGAGCUGUGAAGAAGAUGGCGGCGGUGGUGGCUUUGCUUUUUUCCAAAUUGGUGAACAUCUACUGCAGGACCCUGUAUUAGAAAACAACAGACAAGAAUGCAGGGCGUUUGCAACACAACAAGAAGUUGGCCUCAAUCUAAAACUCAAGGUUAAGGAGCAGUCUGAAGAAACGGAAAAUUCACAGCUUCAGGUAGAAACAGAGGCAGAGACGUCCGCCAAAUCAAAAAUACCCAAGAUGGGCCUUUCAGCUUCAGCCAAACCUGCUGCCAAAGAGCAACUGGAUCCAGAAAGCCUAGAAGUUCUAGCAGAUCACAGUAUGAAUAGAGAGUCCUCCAAUAUAGAUUUAAACUCCACAGAUCAAAUGACGAUGCACGUAGAAACGGCUGAAACGACAGUUACUAGAUCUAUAUAUUCUGAGCAGGGAAGAGAGUCAUCUGAUUCAUCUCCAGAUGAAUCAAAGUUCUCAGGAGAGACUCCCACAUCAACAGGAACGCCCGAGCAAAGUAGUGAACUCUCAAAAACUCAAUCCAAGCACCCUCAUCAAGUUAAAAAUAAAACCGCUUCCGUCACUUCAUCGAAAUCGCGAAUUCCCAUCAUAUCAAAGUCCCUCAAAACAGAUUCUGCGCCCAAAUCCGCAGAUGAUAAAAAACCCACAGGGCCUACAAUCAGGGAUGCGCGGAGAAAAUCUGACUUGGACGCAGGCACUUGCGUAGAUAUCCGUGCUAAGAUUUCCAACAAGAGUUUCUCCGACGGAGCCUCGACUAGGUCGAAUUCGAAUAAAAGCGAAUCGAAACCGAAAGCUUUCCAGUCGAGAUUGCCGAUCAAAGGUAAAAGUGGCUCCUCUUCACAACCGUCGACUCCCGGUAAAGAAAGAAGCAAGGCACGCAAGGGCUCCGCGGAAUCUUUCAAAGAGAUCAGCGACGAGGCCGCCAAAGUUGCGGAAAGGCUGGCGGAGGCCAAGAAAGACGAUGGUGGGCAAAAUUCCGACGAUGAGGGCGGUCUCAUUGAUCUGUCGGUAAUCGAAAGAGACGCGUUUGCUCUGCCUUCGGGAGAUGUCGGAUCCAUUAAGCGGACGGGUGCUGACGAGACACAGAUGCGGCAAAGUCAAGACGCAAAAGGUGGCGCAGGGAGCGAAAAGCAAACGUUGUCGGUGAUAGCGGAACACCUGGGCUUCAGCUGGCAAGAGUUGGCAAGAGAACUGAAAUUCCCUGAGGAGAGGAUCAACUUGAUAAGAACUGAAAACCCUGAUUCCUUGCAAGACCAAAGUUACGCACUUUUGGAUUCAUGGACCAAGGAAGAGGGAGUAGAGGCCAUAGAAACGACGCUCGUCAAGAAACUGACUGAUAUCAACCGCAUGGAUAUUGUUCACCUGAUCAAAACUGAAGCGACCGCCACAAAACAUCAGAACGAGAUGGGCACAAUACAACUUAGGAAAAGCCAGUUUGAGGAGUCUGCACACUUGGAAGGAGCGGGCACUCUGAAACAGAAGACCUCUGGCGAUGCAUCGACAUCGCGUUUUGAAGUGGAGCCCGCCAAGGAUCGAAAAGUCAGCAAGGUCGUCAAGACGACGGUGACGACGAGACGCAGGUCGCAAGACACGAGCAGGGAGCACUUACAGAAGAGGACCGAUGUAUAAAGUCCAGUGAACGCCGAACGUCGACAAGAAAAGCGAUUGGAUGGAUUGUGUAUUUUGUUUGUUUAUAUCAUUUGCUCCUUUUGUGGCCAAAGACUGUAUCCCCGUUGUCCCAAUGUUUACUGUAAAACCUUCCGCUACGGUAAAUGGGCGGACGAUCAACAAGACGACCUCUUCACGCAGUUUUAUUUAUUUCCGACAACUUUGUCUGGUGUCGUCACAGCUCGGGUGCAUGAGAAUGAAAGUGCAGUUUGCCCAAUGUUUUUUUUUUUUUUUUGUCUUUUCUUUUGAUACACGUGUACGGUCCUCAUAGAUUGUCUGGAGACGUGUCAGAAGAUUCACGCGAAGCUGUCAAAAGUGCACAAUUGUUCACACCCGUGUUCGUGAAUAAACUUCCUUCAAAGUU